AUGUCGGGUCGGUUGCUUGAUGAGGGCAUGAACCAGGUGUCCGAUCGGAGAUGGCAGGUUAAGGUCCUUCCUCAUCCUGACAUCUCCACCAACGAUUCGGGCGAUCGUGUGACCAUCUCGGACUUCUUGGCGGGAGUGUGCCGGCCCCUCGAUUGCAAGGCCGUGAAGUCCGCCUCCGUGAUCAUGGACUCCCAUGUGGGCAUUGUGGAGUGUGGCAGUGCCAACACCCUUGGCAAACUUGUUGUCGAAGGCAAACUUGCCGAACUACCUCCACCCAUUCGUUUCUCCAUCAUGCCACCAGCAGCGAGCAAAGUAGACAUCAUCAUUGAGAACACAGGCGACGGAUGCAUGAAUGUUCUGAAGAUUCUCUACCUGGAGAAAACAGUUCCGUCAAAGGCUGCCAUGUCCUUUUGCAGCGGAACACCUCUCAUGCCUGUCUUCCGCAAUGGUCCUCAUAAAGCUCUGCAGUGGGCUUUGGGUAAAGUACGCGGGCAUCAUGUACAUCGGCAUUCGUUGCAAGACAAGCCGUCAGGCAACCUGACUCGGUCCACGUCAACAACUUGGUCCCCUGCGAGCGACGACCUAUCAGAAGGCAUCAAGUUCAUCAAUCUGCAUGCACCUGAAUGCGACGCCCGCAACGAGCAAACAUUUCGGAUCCUUACCCACAUUCGACCUGAGUCAGGACUUGGUCAAGCACAUUCUACCCCAUCUCUACUUCUCUACCCACUGCUACUUGCUACCGCGGUCGUGAUCGCAGGCAAUCCUGGGGUAGGCAACGUGCACCUCAAAUCCAAGAGGCUAUCUUUUUCGAGUGUGACGGUCGAUGAGGAUGGGACUGUCGAAGGCCGGUAUUGCGAUGCUCGACUUCUCCGCAAUCAGAUGAGAGCCUAUGCCUCCAAUGACACAGGCGAGGACCCGAAGGACACCAAACCAGGUGACACGACAUUGUCCACAGACUCUUUCAUGAAGUUGGUCCAUCCUCUCUUCGGCGAUGCUCAUCUCAAGGACAAGUUCGCAAUUCUCAAACGCAGUACCGUCCUGGUCUUCACUGAGUCUGCCUUGUACUUGCGUUUUCCCAGUGAGAACCCGGACUUUAUUAUCAUCCAUAGAAUUGUGAACAAUAACUUGCACCAAGACUUGCUUGACUUGCUUGAAGAAAAAUGCAAACCAAUCUACAAUAUGUUCAAGUCAGGCGUCCUCGUGUAUGCCCCUGAGUACCAGGCAAAGGAGAUGAUCAAGGCGAGCGUCGAGACCAUGUCCAGCUUCUCCUCACGAGAUGCGUAUGUGUCGCAUUGCAACACACAUGUGCAGACUUGGCUUCGCCCUACACGGCAUCUCCCGGCAUCUCCUGAAGAUGCAUCAGAUGAAGAUCCCAACGCUCAGCGUGCGUCGAUGGGCCUGCCUCCCGUCUUCCUGGCCAUUGGCAAUGGGCCCCGCCCAAAUCGCAUCAACGUGGCAGCUGACGCGGGCAUGACGGCAGACGAGGAG